AUGCCUACCUUCACAGUUUUCAAGGGCAGAGCUGAUGGUACCCCCAUCAAAAGCACCACCACUAGGCCUGAAGAGCUUAAGGGUGAUAGUGUCCUAGUAAAGAUUACUGCUUCCGGUGUCUGCGGAACUGAUCUCCACUACAAAGGUGCCGACAUGGUUCUCGGUCACGAAGGUGUUGGUAUCGUUGAAGCCGUCGGCCCUGAUGCAAAGCAUCUCAAGAAAGGUGACCGUGUCGGCUGGGGUUACGAACACGAUUCCUGUGGUCACUGCCACGAAUGUCUUACUGGAAACGAAGUUUUCUGUCCCGAACGUGCUCUCUACGGUUAUGCCAAUCUUGAUCAGGGAUCUUUUGCUUCCCAUGCCAUCUGGCGUGAGGCCUUCCUCUUCCCUACACCCGCUUCCAUUCCAGAUGAAUAUGCCGCCCCUCUGCAAUGUGGAGGUGCUACCACAUUUUCUGCCCUCCAAGGCAUCAAGAGCACAGAUGUUGUUGCUGUCAUGGGAGUUGGUGGAUUAGGACAUUUGGCUAUUCAAUUUGCUGCCAAGAUGGGUUGCAGAGUUGUCGUAUUGAGCAGUUCCGAUAAAAAGAAGGAUGAAGCCACCAAGCUAGGUGCACACGAAUUCAUCGCCACCAAAGAUGCUAAGGAGCUCAAAGUCUCUAAACUCAUCAACCGUCUCCUCGUUACCACUGCCGCUCAACCAAACUGGGAUCUUAUCCUCCCAAUAAUGGCACCCCGCUCCACCAUCUUCCCCCUCACAGUCUCGUUCCAGAACCUCGAGAUCCCAUAUAUGCCCUUCCUUACCGCGGGUGUCAAUAUUCAAGGAAACCUUGUUGCAAACAGAAGUGCACAUAAGCAAAUGUUGGAGUUUGCCGCAUUCCAUGAUAUUAAACCAAUUGUUCAGACAUUCCCCAUGACAGAGUCAGGUAUCGCAGAGGCAAUGGAUAAGUUGGACAAAGGACAAGUUUACUAUAGGGCUGUUCUUUUGGCGCAAAUCAUCGAGAAAGUCCUUCCUGGUGCCUCUCGAUCAUCAUCUUCUUCAUCCACUACCCUUCGCAAACGAUUCACUUACAAGUCUUGGUUGACUACCAUUCUCACUUCUUGCGCACCAAGAAGCAAGAAGGAGAAGAAGAGUUUGGAGAAGAAAUGA